AAAGGAGACGAGCAGACACCGUAUCACCGUCUGUUGGUCACCUCUAAAGACCAGUAGUGUGUUUGGAUCCCUUUCUUUUUUUUGGAGCAUCGUCAGAGCGGCGUCUGGCAUUGGCGUGACGCGUGUGUGGUAUCGUAGCUUGAGUGGGUGAGUAUGAUCAAGAUCUACGGCGUGGGGAGGGGACGGGGGAAGGAGGGGGAGAACAAGCCUGCCGCGCCGAAGCGACAGCCGGGAGAGAUUCGGAUACAGAAAGGUGAGGCCAACACGACACACACGGGCUAGGGAGGGACACGAAUGCACUUGUGUGUGGCGCACGCACAGCCAGAAGCCACGAGAAACACCAGAUUCCUGUUGUGCCUUUCUUUCUGUGUGUGUGCUGUCCUGUCGUUGCUCUCUGCCUGUGGUCAGAGUUGGAUGAGUUGGAGCUUCCGCCGCACACGAGCAUCGCCGUGCCGGACAAGAACAACCUGAUGGCCUUCCACAUCACCAUCGCACCCGACGAGGGCUUCUGGAAGGGCGCCACCUACAAGUUCGUGUUCAACGUGCCCGGCGCAUACCCACACGAACCGCCCAAAGUCAAAUGCGAAACCAAGGUGCGCAUUUGCGUCGGCGGAGGGGAGGGAGGGGGAUGGUGUGCUUGUGUGGGGGUGGGUGGGCGGGUGAUGGAUUUGUUGUGGUUGUGCUGUGUGUGUCAACCAGAUAUAUCACCCGAACAUCGAUUUGCAGGGCAACGUGUGUUUGAACAUCUUGAGGGAAGACUGGAAGCCCGUCCUCAGCAUCAACACCAUCGUAUAUGGACUGCUGUACCUAUUCCUCGUACGCACAGCACACACUCCACAGACAUGAAUGACAUGCCCUCUCACACACGCGUAACUGUUUCCAUGUGGGUGGUGGAUGCCCUAAUGUGUGAUUGUCAUCAGGAGCCCAACCCAGGCGACCCAUUGAACCACGGUAGGGUAGGACACACCUGGGGUGGCGUGACCAACACACACAGAGAGGGAAGCAGAGACCCAUGCUGUGCUGUGUGCAAUCGUGUGUGUGUGUGUGUGUGCAGAGGCUGCUGAUGCGCUGCGGACCGACCGGGUGAACUUCGCACGUCUGGUCGGGCGGUCGCUCAAGGGCGGGGUCGUGGCGGGCGAGUCGUUCCCUAAGCUCACAUGACCCGCCCACACGCGUACACCACAUACAUACGCACCCUACCUACCCUACUCUUUUGCCUUCUCUAUACGCCAGUCAGUCUACCUUGCCUGCCUCCCUCCCUCUCUCCCCCUCUCCC